GAGGACAGCUGAAACACUGAGAACACAGGAGAUCUUUUGCGGUGCCUUGAUCCAUCUUCAAAGCACGUCUCUCCCAGCAGAGACACGGACCAACCCAGGCUGCCGACAGGCCCCGGAGCCGAAAUAUUCUUCAGCUCAGUUCCUGAGGCAGGGGAGUUCAGAGGCAACGGCCCUUCCUGGGUGGGGGAACCCAUCACAUCAGCCAUGCCCAGAUUUGGUGCCUUCAUCCCCCUCCUCCUCUUCAUCUUCCCUGGGGCCUCCUCCCAUUGUCACACAGGCACGGUCAAUGAAUGCAAGAAGCACACAGCCUUUGUGCCCGGGCACAGCUUGGCAGGAAUGGGCAUCGAUGUGACCACGAUGGCCAGAAAGGGGGCCUAUCUGGUAGACAGCAGCCUCUGGCAACACCAGGAUGGUACCUGCACCCUGUGCCGGAACCGACUUCAAGAAGGGCAGUGGCAGAGGCUGCCACUGGCUGUGGAGGACUGGAGGGUCCACGUCUCGUGCCCCCGGAAGCUGAACAGCUCGGUGCAGCAUUCGGCGAUGGGCAUGAUGGAGUCCAUGGGGUCCCCGGUGAAGAACGACUGGAAGGUGGGGCUGGACGUGCCUGUGAAGCCCAAGAUUAAUGUCCAGGUGGUGCUGGCCGGAUCACACUCCAACCUGGCCAAUUUCGUGGUAGAUCAUAUGCGGAAGGACAAAUACAGCUUCGCAAGCCAUGAGGUCUCCUGCGGCUAUUACAGGUUCCAGGUCAGCGAGAGGCCCCCGCUCACCAGCCAUUUCACUCUGGCGCUAGAGAACCUCCCCGAGCAGUACAACAGCAAAUCCAAGCUGGAGUACCAGCAGCUAAUCGGCAACUAUGGCACCCACUACAUAUCCCAGCUGCAGCUAGGGGGCCGGGCACGAGACGUGACGGCCGUGCGGGUCUGCGAAGCGGCAAUGAGCAGCUUGACUGACGACGAGAUCAAGGACUGCUUGAGCAUGGAGGUGGGUGUGAGUAUCGGAAUAGGCUCGGUCAAGGGUGGGUACAGCAAGUGCGAGGAGGAGAAGAAGAAGGGGAAGGUCAAGGGGAGCUUCCAUGAGACGUAUCGGGAGCGCCACAUGGAGGUGGAGGGAGGAGAGAGCACGACUGACGUGCUCUUCUCCGGGAGUGAUGCCACGGUCUUCUCAGCCUGGAUAGAGAGCCUCAAAGCCAACCCUGGCCUGGUGUCCUAUUCACUGCACCCCAUCCACAUCCUGCUGGAGCAGGACGACCCCAAGCGAGAGGCACUGAGGCAGGCAGUGAGUGAGUACAUCCUUGAGAGGGCCCUGUGGAGGAAUUGCACCCGAAGCUGCCCCCCAGGGACUCAACGCAGCACCCAUGACCCCUGCUCCUGCGUCUGCCCUGGAGAUACCGUGACCAACACCAUGUGCUGCUCACGGGAGCGCGGCCUGGGGAAGCUGAUAGUGACAGUGAAGAAGGCCAGUGGCCUGUGGGGGGACUACUUUACUGCUACGGAUGCCUUUGUCAAGGUCUUCUUGGAGAGAAGGGAGAUACGGACCGGCACCAUCUGGAAUAACAAUAAUCCCAUUUGGAAUGUCCACUUGGACUUCGGUACUGUCCACAUCACCAGCACCAGCAAGAUCCGCAUAGAGGUCUGGGACGAGGACAACAAGUGGGACGAUGACCUGCUGGGAAGCUGCGACAUCCCGCUGGAGUCUGGGGGGCCCCACCAGAAGGACUGCUACCUGAACCAUGGCCGCAUCUGGUUCCAGUACAGCCUGCGCUGUGGGCCCCACCUCGGGGGCCGGACCUGCUUCGACUAUGUCUCCCAGCCACCCCAGCAGAGCACAGCCAAGGGGAAGGAGAUGGAGGCCUUCUGGUCAAUAGCACUCCCUGUCCCCCAGAGCAUUUCCUAGCUCCCGCUCUGUUAACGACUGAGCUUCAUGCUAUUACUCCUGCUCAGGUAUUGGUGUUUCCUAUACCCAGAAGAGACGGUCUGCUCCUGUGGCCCGAUAUCCUUACAGCUCCCUCUGGGAAAAUAUCCCACCAUGAACCGCCCAUUCCAGAUCCAUCAGAUCAGCCUGUCCAAUGAUUCUAGCCAUCCAAUGUGCCCAUCUAACCAACAAACCAAAGCAUGUACCUACUGCAUCCAACCUCUCUGCCCCCCGCAUUCAGCCAACCAACCAACAAAUUGUUGCAUUUAGUUUAUCCAAGGUAUUCAACCAGUAAACCACUGAUUGGAUUUAGUGUAUCCAAUUUAUCCAACCAACCUAUCAAAGAAUGUGUGACGUUCAUCCACCAUAUCCAUCCCUCCAACCAACCAGUGCAUAUAUCUAGUGCAUUCAACAUAUGCAACAAAUCAACCAAUGAAUGUAUCCAGUGCAUCCAAACAACAAUUGAAUUUAUCUAGAGCAUCCAAUGUCAAAAGCCAGCCCGCCAGCCAACCAACAAAUGAAUGUGUUUAGGAUGUCCACUGUAACCAACCAACAAAUGUAUUUAUUGUAUCCUGCCAACCAGUGUAUCCAAUGUACCUAAUGUAUCCAUCCAGGCAACCAACCAGUGUAUGUACCUCGUGCAUCUGGUGUAUCCACGCAACUAAUAUCUUAUGUACGGUCCAACCAACAUGUGUAGCCAGUGCAACCAUCCAACCAAUGAAUGUCAAGUUCAUCCAGUCAACCUAUAUUGCAGGUAGUGCAACUAAUCCACAACCCCAUCCACCCACUGUAAUUACCUGUCUAGUGUAUCCAACUGAAAAGAGAUCAUCAGGAGCAAAGCUCAGUCCCGUCCUAUUGUGGCAUCAGGGAUUAACCCUCUGCAGAAACCCGCAGAUACUCCAGUGAUGGGCAAAGUUCUAAACACCCAGUGGGAUGGGCUCCUGGAGGGAGGAUUCAUUAGAGGGCUGUUCCCUCGCUGUCCUUUCUGUGGCUUUCCACAAUUAUCCAGUACAUUUGGGGUUAACUAUCUCAUCCUGAAUGUGCAGGCCCCACCCACCAUCUAGCUGGAUGUUCCAUGCUCAGAUGAUCAGCAGAGAUGAUGCGACAUCACUUGCCAUUGGUAGGAUUCAGAGUGAACACCCACAAGGACAUGCCACAGGCCUAUCGGUUCAGGCUAUCAGCAGGCUCAGGGAGAUGGCAUUGCAUUGGGGUCACACUGGCAAGGGAAAAUUCCCCCUACUUCUGGGAUUAAAGCAGCUUCCUGGCUUACUCCUACCUGCAUCUGUGAGAGCCUAGAUUAAUAGCUCCAUGGUGCUGUUAACUGGUAAUGAGGGUUGUUAACUCUGAACCCAACUGACCAUAAAUUAAAUAUCUCCAGCCUGUUAAAAUGCCAUGCAGCUUUGCAUCUCCACCACAAAAUGAUUUGCUUCUGGUAGGAUUUCAGCUCUCUAGAUCUUUGCAAAUGUAUCUCCUUGCUUCAGUAAACAUUUGUGAAAGCAAA